AUGGCUGGUUAUGAUUGCAACCGAUUUGUUAAUCUAAGUCCAUCGGAUAGGGCUGAGCUAACAUGUAGUAUAUGUCGGAAUAUUAUUUGCUAUCCAGUUAUAGCCCAGUGUUGUCUCCAAACAUUUUGCAAAGACUGUAUCAACAAUUGGCUGUCGACUAACAAUACCUGUCCGUAUGAUAGAAAAACACUUACAAUGGAGGCAUUAACCCGACCACCCAGAAUUAUGGCUAAUAUGUUGGGAAAACUUCAAAUCAAAUGUGAUUUCCGGGAUAAGGGUUGUACUGAAAUAAUAUCAUUAGAGGAGUUGUCUAAACAUGUAAACAAUUGUCCGUACAAUUCAUCAAACAUUAGUCUAUUGACAACAACUUCUUCAAGAGAUAAGUGUUUAUUAAGAAAAAUCAAUGAAUUAGAGACCGAAAGGGAAAACAUAUUGAAAUCAAUUCAAGACUUAACAAACAGUCAACAAUUGACUACAACUAAUAUUUUAAAAUCAUGUGAAUAUUAUUCACCAAAUACUGAUGAGUGGUUUUUUGCUAAACCAAUGAGUCAGGAAAGGCGUGGUCUGGCACUGGUAGCACACAAUGGGUUUAUAUAUGCUAUCGGAGGUAAUAAUCUAAAAGUAUCUUUUAAUACAAUGGAAAGAUAUGAUAAAACUACACAACAAUGGAAACCAAUGGCUAAUAUGAUAUAUCAAAGAAUUGAUUUUGCAUCAGCAUCAUUUAUGGAUAAAAUAUAUGUUUGCGGCGGUUCGGGUAUUAGUAGUGAUGUGGGGAAAUCAUGCGAAACAUAUGAUCCGCAAACAAAUCAAUGGACACAAAUUG